AUGUUACAAAGAUGUCAAUCCAAGAAAGUUAUAAUAUUCACAUUUUUCCAUGCAAGAGAAGCAUGUGCAAAUGAGGAUAAAAAUUACAAUGAUGAUGGGCGGCCAAAACGAACAGGAACAUUUUAUACCGCGAGUGCUCAUAUUAUCACUACCGUAGUUGGUUCAGGGGUUUUGUCAUUGCCGUGGGCGAUCUCUCAAUUAGGUUGGAUUGCAGGACCUAUGGCUCUGAUUAGCUUUUCUCUAAUCACAUUGUUUGCAUCAACUAUUCUGGCAGAUUUUUAUCGAUUCCCAGAUCCAGUAUCGGGCAGAAGAAACUAUACUUACAUGGAUGUUGUCAAAGUAAAUCUUGGCGGAAGAUAUAACAAACUCAGUGGAAUUGCUCAGUAUGGCAAUCUUGUUGGAUUUACUAUUGGCUACAUCAUCACAUCGGCCAACAGUAUGGUGGCUAUCAAAAGAUCAUAUUGCUUUCACAAGCAUGGUCAUUCUUUUGGUUGUCAUACGCCAAUUAAUCUCUUCAUCAUCAUUUUCGGGGUUAUACAAGUAUUUUUAAGUCAAAUUCCAAAUAUUCAAGAGUUGUCGAUGCUGUCCCUACUCACAACAGUGAUGUGUUGUUGCCAUGCUUCCAUUGGCCUCGGACUCUCAAUAGCUAAAGUUGCAGGUGGACGACCACAUGUUAAGACUAGCUUGACCGGAGUGUUCAUUGAUGGAGAUAAGUCAAAUACCAACAACUUAUGGACCACAUUUACAGCCCUUGGGAACUUAGCAUUUGCUUAUGGUUUUUCAGAUGUGCUUAUUGAAAUUCAGGACACUCUAGGGUCAUCCAAACCUGAGAAUAGAGUAAUGAAACAAGCUUCCCUGGCUGGAAUUUCUAUAUCCACCUUAUUUUAUAUGUCAUGUGGGUUGCUGGGAUAUGCAGCAUUUGGUGAUAAAGCACCAGGCAAUAUAUUAGCUGGAUUUGGUUUCUUUGAGCCAUUUUGGCUCAUCGACCUCGCUAAUAUUUUUGUUGUGAUUCAUCUCACAGGAGCUUACCAGAUAUGUGGUCAACCAGUCUUUGGUUUUGUGGAAAGUUUUACAAGGCAUAGAUGGCCGAAUACCGGGUUGGUUAACCAUGAAUAUGCCAUUAACAUGCCUGGUUACGGUGUUCAUAGAGUCACCCUCUUCCGGAUGAUAUGGAGAACGACGUAUGUCAUAAUAACCACGGUCAUAGCUAUGAUGUUUCCAUUUUUCAAUGAUAUUGUGGGACUAAUUGGAGCUCUUUCAUUCUGGCCCCUGACGGUAUAUUUUCCUAUCAAGAUGCGUAUUGAAAGGAAAAAAAUACCCAUUUUCUCAUUCAAGUGGGUGUGGAUGCAAACUCUUAGUAUGUGCUGUCUACUAACCUCAAUAGCAGCAACGAUCGGAUCUAUUCAAGGUAUUGUCAAGUCCUUGCAAACUUUCAAGAUUUUCCAAUCAAUAGCCUGA